AGAAUGGACGGAACCGGGGAGCGCAGCCUCCCGGAGCCGGACAGCCAGGGCUCCCGGGUGGGCGACGACGUGGAGAUCGUGGUGAACGUGGGGGGCGUCCGGCAGGUGCUGUACGGAGACCUGCUCAGCCGGUAUCCCGAGACCCGGCUGGCGGAGCUGCUGACCUGCCUGGCCGGCGGCUACGACAGCAUCUUCUCCCUGUGCGACGACUACGACCCCGGGAAACGCGAGUUCUACUUCGACCGCGACCCGGACGCCUUCAAGUGCGUCCUCGAGGUGUACUAUUUUGGGGAGGUGCACAUGAAGAAGGGCAUCUGCCCCAUCUGCUUCAAGGGCGAGAUGGACUUCUGGAAGGUGGACCUCAAGUUCCUGGACCAGUGCUGCCGGAGCCACCUGCGCGAGAAGCGCGAGGAGCUGGAGGAGAUCGCGCGCCGAGUGCAGCUCAUCCUGGACGACCUGGCCUGGACGCGNUGCCAGCAGCGCGUCUGGAAGUUCCUGGAGAAGCCCGAGUCCUCGCGCCCCGCGCGCGCCGUGGCCGUGCUGUCCUUCCUGCUCAUCCUCCUCUCGUCCAUGGUCAUGUGCAUGGGCACCAUCCCCGAGCUGCAGGUGCUGGACACCGAGGGCAGCCGCGUGGAGCACCCGACGCUGGAGAGCGUGGAGACGGCGUGCAUCGGCUGGUUCACGCUGGAGUACCUGCUGCGCCUGUUCGCCUCGCCCAACAAGCUGCACUUCGUCCUGUCCUUCAUGAACAUCGUGGACGUGCUGGCCAUCCUGCCCUUCUACGUGAGCCUGACGCUCACGCACCUGGGCGCGCGCAUGAUGGAGCUGACCAAGGUGCAGCAGGCCGUGCAGGCUCUGCGCAUCAUGCGCGUGGCCCGCAUCUUCAAGCUGGCGCGCCACUCCACCGGCCUGCAGACGCUCACCUACGCGCUCAAACGCAGCUUCAAGGAGCUGGGGCUGCUGCUCAUGUACCUGGCCGUGGGCAUCUUCGUCUUCUCGGCCCUGGGCUACACCAUGGAGCAGAGCCACCCGGAGACGCUGUUCAAGAGCAUCCCGCAGUCCUUCUGGUGGGCCAUCAUCACCAUGACGACCGUGGGCUACGGCGACAUCUACCCCAAGACCACGCUGGGCAAGCUGAACGCGGCCAUCAGCUUCCUGUGCGGGGUCAUCGCCAUCGCCCUCCCCAUCCACCCCAUCAUCAACAACUUCGUCCGGUACUACAACAAGCAGCGCGUCCUGGAGACGGCGGCCAAGCACGAGCUGGAGCUCAUGGAGCUCAACUCCGGUGGCGCUGGCGGGGGCGAGGGCAAGGCCGUGGGCUCCCUUGGCGACCUGGACAACCUCCCACCACUGGAGCCCGCGGCCAGCAAGGAGGGGACCUGGGGCAGCCGGCUCAAGAUCUCCCACAGCGACACCGUCAUCCCCCUCCUGACCCAGGAGAAGCACCACAGGACCCGGCUGCAGAGCUGCAAGUGACGUGGGCCAUCAGGGCGCAGGUGGACGGAUGCUGUGACUGUCCGUGCCCCCUCCCCCUCCUGAGCAGAACUCUGAAGGCCCUCUGGGCAUCUGCCAUGAGGCUGGGUAAGACCCCGUGCGUUGCUGGCUGUCCGGGAGCCGGCGCUGGGGAGGGGUGGCGGGGAGCCAAGGCAGGAGGGGUGAUGGAGGCUGUUUCAUUGGCGGCAAGGACCCUGGUCCCAUUCUGUAUCUUUCAAUAAAGCCCUGCUCUGUGCACCC